CAUCACUACAUGGGCACCUCCACCUUCAGCCAGUACACGGUUGUGGCUGAUGUCGCGGUAGUCAAGAUCCCAGAUUCGCUGCCAUUGGAGAAGGUAUGCCUGUUGGGCUGCGGCGUCAGUACGGGCUAUGGAGCUGCCAUUAACACCGCGAAGGUGGAGGAAGGGUCCACGUGCGCCAUUUGGGGACUGGGUGGGAUCGGUCUCGCUGUGGCCAUGGGCUGCAAAGCGCAGAAAGCUGCGCGCAUCAUCGGCGUUGAUGUCAACGAAAACAAAUUUGAAAUGGCUAAGGUGUUCGGAGUGACUGAAUUCGUCAAUCCUAAAAACCUGACCAAGCCCGUGCAUGAAGCCAUAGCUGACUUGACCAACGGCGGCUGCGACUACACCUUCGAGUGCAUCGGCAACGUGGCCACCAUGCGGAACGCGUUCGAUUCUUGUCGCCAGGGCUGGGGCCAGUGCAUCAUUAUCGGUGUGCCUCCUGCUGGUGAAGAGAUGAGCGUGCUGCCUAUGGACCUUCUCCUUGGCAAGGUCCUCAAAGGCACGGGCUUUGGAGGCUGGAAGUCGCGGUCGAGCAUGCCACGCUUGGUCAAGGACUACCAGGAGAAGCGGAUCAUCCUGGAUGAGUUCGUGACCUUCACUAGGCCGCUCGCCAGAAUCAACGAUGGUUUUGAGCUCAUGAAUGAUGGCAAGGCGAUCAGGACUGUCAUCGACAUGUUUUAAAUGAUUAUUGUGUUGCUUUGUAACAAUAUGAUAUAGCUUCCAUCAAAAAUUAAUUUUUACGAAAUUAUAAUUUUGUGAAAUUUCAUUUUUCCCUAGGUUUUGAGCUCAUGAAUGAGGGCAAGGCGAUCAGGAAUGUCAUUAAUUUGUUUUAAUCGGUUUUUGCUAUGCUUCGUAAUAAGAUGAAAUGGCUUCCUUCAUAAAUUCUUUGUUGUAAAAUCCGUACAUUAUGAAAUUUCGUCUUUGUAGUUGGUUUUGAGCUGAUGGAUGGUUACCCCAUGGAUGGUACCCCAUCGUUGGGCCAUCAGGACUGUUAUUAACAUGUUCUGAUUGUGGCUAACAGGUUUAAAUUAUCUUGCGUCUUUUUAUUUAGUAUUUUGAUUAGUUUCUCAGUAGCAGCCUAGAAAAUUUAUAGUUAUAGACAAUAUUUCCAUAAUUACCACAAAAGUGACUAUUCCUCAUUUAUUCAAGUAAAUUAUUUUGGGAUGUUUGAUAUCGUACGAUUUUCUGAUGCUUAACAGCUAUAACUCUUUACUUUUAAUUGUACGGAUAUUCUCAACGAAGCUCUUGCAAAAAUGACCGAGCCACCAUUUUAAUAUGAAUUAUUAUAUGCUAGGGGCCGUAUUUCAGGCUUCCGUUCUUCCAAGGCUGAAAAUUAUGCAAAUAACUUUGUUGAUCCACUUGUAGGCUAACAGUACCUCUCAUGAGUAGCUUAAACGCGUACCGACCAUUUAAAAUGGUGGUGCUUUAAGAGUGAAAUAGAAAGUAGUUCUCAUUAUUAUGUUUCCUGGUAAAUAUAUAAAUUUGAUUUGCCCGCGGACCUUUGAACUAUUUCAUGUACGUAAGAUGAGUGUAAACAAUUAAGGUACCCGAAUAAUUCAAAAUCUUACAUCUAAAUCAUCGCCUAGAGUAAAUGUAAACUCUUUCCGUCGUAAUGCAAUAUUUUUGAGAAAUUCUAACUGCCGCAAUCGGAAAUUAACAGAAAUAACUUAACGGCGUAAAAUUAGGAAUAGUAGGAAAAGAUUAUUAUAUAGUUUGCUGCAUUACGAUUGGAAAGUAUGAAAUCUGACAAUGCUAAAUCAAGGAAUUUUUUUGCAUAACUUUCGAUUUUUCGAGUAAAAGUAUUCUUCAUCCUGGAAGUGUGCAACCUUUCACUGAACGUGAAUAAGUCCAUUCUGUUAAACAUUUAAUAAUGUAUGAAUUAUAAACCUAGGAUAGGAUUUUCUCUUCUGUACCUCAAGGCUAGGCCUCUGAUUACUGGCUGGUCAGACAGCAAUUAAUGAACCUUGCUUGAAUUAACUUGGGCGCUUAACCUUUCUUCCCACUGGGCCUUAAGUUCAUCGUAAAUAAAUUCAGUCACUUCUAAUGAUUUGUCUCGCACUAAUUCAAUCCAAUUCAAAAAUAUUGCAAGCACUACCUUCUUGUGUGGGUCGUUUGUAUUUGGCUUAACCUUCGAUAGAAGAAUAAGCAUCGCAUUGAACCUCCAAAUUUAUAUUCGUCAAAUAUUGUAAAGUUUUACGUAGCCAAUGAAAAUUUGCUUCUAAGUAAUCAUGCUUCGUAGUCUGUAUACUAAAAUUUUAAUUGCAACAACCAAAAUAUUGUAGUGCCUCACGAUCGAAAAUUCGAUCUAGCGAUCAAAAAUUUGUUCUAGUAAUAAAAAAAAAUAAAUAAAUCUGAUCUUUAUUUUUUUUAUUGCUGAGACUUAAACGUACUUGAUUUUAGUGAAUAUGUCGCCUUUUUGCGUGCUCAAAAUUGCUUUAAUUUUUUGUUAGGAAUUUAUUGUAUAUUUUUGUAUAACUAUUAGUAUAAUACACUGUAAAUGGUGCUUCUAAUAAACUGUUACAGUGAUGCGCGUUUGUGCUAUUAUUAGAUCGUUGAGAGUAGUUCAAUUUGAAUUUGCAGUCAGAAAAUAAAUGGUUCAUGUUGUCCAAAUAGUGGCACACUGUCUUGAAUUAUUUGCGACGACUCUACCGAGCCAAGUUUGUGCCGGUCAUGUAGGUACUGUGCUGUUAUAAUUUUAUAAUUUAAAUAGUUAUUCCCAGCUGCAAUAUGGCAAACCAUUCCGUCCGUCAUGUGUGACGAUGAUAGUAUAUAUGGUACAGCGGUGUCAGCGUUCAUUAGACCUGUCGCCGAUUCUGAACAUCGCAGAAUAUUCACUGCUUGUGGCGGGCCUCGAACACGCAACUCACUAGCUGCUCCAAUUUUUCUGUGCUCUACCGCUCAAUCACCUUGCCUAUAUUUGACUAGAACUAGCAGGAAGCUGCAGGGAUCAAAGCCAUAGCUUAAUGCUCUAAUCCUGAUACUCUGAAUUGUAACCAUUGGGCCAUGAACGUUGCAAAGCAUUCUGUCCGUGAUGCGUGACGAUAAUGAAAGUUGCAUAACGAAUUUAGUGGCAAUUUGUUUCAUGUGUUUUUGCCCAAAUUAUUGAAGAAUAUUCUAGCUAUAACUUUAAAUUGUGGGCUCGUGGUAGCUAUUUUGUUAUAGUAACUAUUUUUAUAGUAAAUAUAUUACUAUUAUCGUCUAAAUUGGGUGACUGCCAUCUUACUCGUGACAUAUCGAACUUCAAUAAAAA